CUCAACGUCCGCCUCCCCCCUCUCUCCCCGGUUUUUUGAGAGUUGCAAGAUGUUCAGUUCUGAGUAGACACAGAACAAGGGGAAAGGUUGCCCUCAGUUGGGCAAUUACGUUAUCUGAGUAAAUGUACAGGCUACAUGUUACCCACAAACCAAGUGAUCAAGUGAACUGUAGCAAACUUCAAUCUUGAAACUGCGGAGUUUUUCUGAAAUAGGUCUAUAUUAGCUUACUGUGCGCAUGGAAGAUCUGGAUGAGUGAAACUGAUGCAUCCUCUAUGCAGUAGGAAAAGUAAGAGUGACGCCUUUAUUUCAAGAAUAGUAGUAAAACAGGUUGCAUAGUAACCGAAACACGGGAUUCUACAAUGUACGCUGAUGCGGUGUGACUGCGUGGAUUCGGCUGUCCAAAGGAACAUAACGUGUGCUGAUCACCUGAUUCUGUUAGUGGAUGAGGAUCGGACAACCGCAGUAGCUACACGUAGUUAACUAACGUUAUUCAUCUGAGAAUUGCUACUGCCAGAGAGUUAAAAUAUGUGACGAAGUGUUAAUUCUGUACAAUCUACUACCAGAACGACCACAUUCGACCCCACCACGGCUGUCUUUUCGAUGGAAUAUAGAUUUUCUUUUUUUUAUUAACCCUAUUGGGUUCGCGCAUCGAGGAUCUUAAUAUUGUUGGAAUGGUACAACUAUUAUGUUUUGUAUUUUUGCUUCUUUAAUGAAAUGGAUUUUAUGAGUGAUGUGGCACUGCAGUAGGCUAGUCGGCAACAUAAAUCUUGUUUGAAACAUAAACGCGCUAACAGCACCUUCCUUCAGAGCAAAACCUGGGAUUUUGUUGGCAAGUACUUACAAAGGUGCCACGCAUUCUGCGGUCUAGCUCCAUUGCAUAGGGGGAAACAAUUAUACGAAGUGGAAAAGGAAUAAUCAGUUGCCAUGAAUUGUAUGGAUUUUUACCUGUUGGCUGCCUUGGUUGCCUUCAUUUGGCUAGACCCUGCUGUAACUCAAGAGCUGAUCUACCCUAUUAGGGAGGAGUUGCAGGAAAACAUUCUUAUUGGAAACAUACCAAAGGAUCUGAACAUUUCUCAUACAAAUGCUGCAACUGGAAUGACUGCUAAUCUGGUCUACAGACUGGUUUCAAAAGCUGGAGAUAAACCUCUACUCAGAGUUUUAAGUAGUACUGGAGAAAUCUACACAACUUCAAACCGAAUCGACAGGGAAAAACUCUGCCCUGGCCCCUCCUAUGAGGACAGUGAAUGUUCUUUUGAGAUUGAGGUGGUCAUCCUACCAAAUGACUAUUUUAGGCUGAUUAAAAUUAAAAUUAUUGUCAAGGACACCAAUGACAAUGCCCCCAUGUUUCCCUCUCCGGUCAUAAACAUUUCCAUUCCAGAGAACACACUAAUUAAUAGCCGAUUCGCCAUCCCCUCGGCCACUGACCCAGACACUGGCUUUAACAGUGUGCAGCGCUACAAGCUAGUGAAUGGGCAGAAUGCCUUUGGCUUGGACAUUGUGGAAACUCCAGAGGGAGAGAAGUGGCCCCAGCUGAUAGUACAGCAGAACUUGGACAGAGAACAGAAGGACACAUAUGUUAUGAAGGUUAAGGUAGAAGAUGGGGGCAACCCGCAAAAGUCCAGCACUGCCAUACUUCAGGUUACUGUAACCGAUGUGAACGACAACAAGCCUGUCUUUAAGGAGAGCCAGAUUGAGGUCCACAUCCCAGAAAGCUCCCCUGUGGGCACAUCUGUGGUACAGCUGCUAGCCACAGAUGCAGAUAUUGGGGCCAAUGCUGAUGUCAGAUACUCUUUUGGUGCUCAGGUGUCCACAGCAACCAAACGACUCUUUGCGUUGAAUUCCACCUCUGGCCUUAUAACAGUGCAGAGACCAUUAGACAGGGAGGAAAUGGCCAUUCACAAAUUAUCAGUGAUGGCCAGUGAUGGCACUUCAAGUCCUGUUAAAGCCACAGUAACUAUUAAUGUGACAGAUGUGAAUGACAAUCCCCCAAACGUAGACCUGAGGUACAUUAUUAGUCCAAUUAAUGGAACAGUUUUCUUGUCUGAGAAAGACCCUAUCAAUACCAAGAUUGCCCUCAUCACAGUGUCUGAUAAGGACACAGAUGUCAAUGGGAAAGUAAUUUGCUUUAUUGAGAGGGAUGUCCCAUUUCACCUUAAGGCAGUGUAUGACAGCCAAUACUUGUUGGAGACUUCCUCAUUGCUUGAUUAUGAAGGCACCAAAGAGUACAAUUUUAAAAUUGUCGCGUCUGACUCCGGCAAGCCGAGCUUAAACCAGACAGCAUUAGUCAGAGUAAAGCUUGAAGACGAAAAUGACAACCCUCCUGUUUUCAGUCAGCCUGUAAUUGAAUUAGUCGUUAUGGAGAACAAUAAACGGGGUUCGUUUCUCACCACUAUCAGUGCCACCGAUGAGGAUAGUGGAAAGAAUGCGGAGAUUGUUUACCAGCUGGGGCCCAAUGCUUCCUUCUUUGACCUGGAUCGUAAAACAGGGGUGUUAACUGCCUCAAGAAUUUUUGACAGAGAGGAGCAAGAGAGAUUCCUUUUUACUGUUACGGCAAGAGACAAUGGGACACCCCCACUUCAAAGCCAGGCAGCUGUAAUUGUAACCAUAAAGGAUGAGAAUGACAACAGCCCUAAGUUUACGCAUAAUCACUUUCAGUUUUUUGUGUCAGAGAACUCGCCAAAGUACAGCACUGUCGGAGUGAUUACUGUCACAGAUGCCGACACUGGAGAGAACGCUGCUGUAACGCUUUCGAUACUGAGUGACAAUGAAAAUUUCAUCUUGGACCCUUAUUCUGGAGUUAUAACGUCAAAUGUUUCCUUUGACAGAGAGCAACAGAGCUCUUACACCUUUGAUGUCAGGGCUGAAGACAAUGGGCAGCCCCCCAGUUCUUCAGCUGCAAAGGUGACCAUUAAUGUCAUUGAUGUCAAUGAUAACUCUCCUGUCGUCAUUUAUCCUCCGUCAAACACAUCAUUCAAACUGGUUCCUCUCUCUGCUAUUCCCGGGUCAGUAGUUGCGGAGGUCUUUGCACUGGACGGGGAUACAGGGAUGAAUGCUGAGUUGAAGUACACUAUUGUAAAUGGGAAUAGCAAGGGCUUGUUCAGGAUUGACCCGGUAACUGGUAACAUUACUCUUGAGGAGAAGCCAGCUCUUACUGACAUUGGCAUUCACCGCUUGGUGGUUAACAUCAGUGACCUGGGUUACCCGAAGUCCUUGCACACCCUGAUUAUGGUUUUUCUUUAUGUGAAUGACACGGUGGGAAACGUGUCCUACGUCCACGACCUCAUCCGGCAAACCAUGGAGACGCCUUUGGAUAGAAACGUUGGUGACAGCAAGCAGGCUUAUCAGAGCAGGGACUAUUUGACAAUUAUGAUCGCUAUCGUGACGGGGGCGAUGGUUGUGAUAGUGGUCAUAUUCUUCACUGUCCUGGUAAGGUGUCGCCACGCCUCAAGGUUCAAAGCAGCGCAGAGGAAGAAACAGGGCACAGAGUGGAUGUCCCCACACCAGGAGGGCAAACAGAACAAAAAGAAGAAAAGAAAGAAAAGGAAGUCACCUAAGAGCUCCUUGUUAAAUUUUGUCACCAUUGGGGAGACUAAGCCCGAUGACCCUGUACAUGAACCCAUUAAUGGCACCAUAAGCUUCCCGGCCGAGCUGGAGGAGCAGAGCAUAGGGCGUUUUGACUGGAGCGCCGUGCCUACAACCACCUUUAAACCCAGCAGCCCUGACCUGGCUCGGCACUACAAAUCUGCUUCGCCGCAGUCUGCUUUCCACCUCAAAGCUGACUCUCCGGUCUCUGUGAAAAAACACCACGUCAUUCAGGAGCUCCCCUUGGACAACACCUUUGUUGGGGGUUGUGAUACUCUGUCCAAGCGAUCCUCCACUAGCUCUGACCACUUCAGUGCCUCAGAAUGCAGUUCCCAAGGAGGGGUCAAGACAAGGGGUCCCAUGCACAACAGACAGUCGCAGCGGCGUGUGACCUUUCACCUGCCAGAUGGCUCCCAGGAAAGCUGCAGUGACAGUGGGCUUGGGGACCAUGAGUCUGCCUGCCCCAGAGUGCCUCUUUCAUACCCUCUCCCCCUGGUGCAGCCACAGGAUGAAUUCUGUGAGCAAGCCUCCCCCGACAAGAGAACCGAAGCCGAUGGCAACUCCGACCCCAACUCCGAUGGUCCUCUUGGACCCAGAGGCCUAGUUGAAGCCACAGAGAUGUGCACACAAGAAUGCCUUGUUUUGGGCCAUUCAGACAACUGUUGGAUGCCUCCAAGUCUGGGAACGUAUCCCUCUGAUUCACCUGUUUCCAACUUUGCCAAUCACAAGGAGUGGGCCAAAGAAACACUACUAACUGGGGGCACAUUGACCAGGACCUGGGCUAAUGACGGCUCUCGGGUCCAGUUUGGGGACAGAAAGCAGUUUGGGAGUGCUGAAGGACAUUUUAACAACGCUGGUCAAAUGACAGACAUUCCCCUGGCAAGCCUAAAGUCCUAUAAACAUGCAUCAAGGAGGGACAGUCCAAAGUAACACCAGCUUUAAAAAAAUAAUUGGUGAGGGCAAUGACCUGAUGUUGUUCUUAUUUAAAACGAUGCCAUUGCUAUGUGAUAGGUACAUGUAUGAAGUAGAUCUCUUGUGCUUGAGCCAGAAGUAUAGUGUACUCUCUUAAUUAUUUCAACACUAUAAACCAUCUUUUCAAAAAAUCUACAGCUAUCAUUUUUCACAGGCAUUUUCAGUGCCUCCUGUGUCUCCUCACCAAUAUUAGGAUUUUUUAUAACAUGGAUGAAUUAUUUUUCAGUAUACACCAAUAUUGUAAUUGUCGUUAUUGAGCCGUUUGGGUACUGUAGUAAUAAACGCAAUUGAAGAAAAGUGACCAAGUAAGAACAUGUUGUACUAUUAACGUAUAUUGUUGAAAUGUUUGUAAAUAGGACAGUUUCAUACUAACCAAUUUAAUGCACCUCUUAUACAUAUUUAAAGUAGGACCAUGUUUUUUGUUUGUUACAUCUUGUUUAGCAUUGCAUUUUAUUUUAUUUUUUUUUAAGUAAUAUUUUAGGUAUUUCCAAAGCAUAAGGAACUGAAUAUUUACAUUAAAAACAAACACUUGUUGUUUGUGGGGGGAAAAAAAAAAAAAAAAAAA